CCAAAUUGUUUGUAGCAAUCUAUAAUGUGUUUAUUAAGCGUCCACUGAGUCUGUUUACACAAUUUUUCAUUAUUUCCAAAGAAUUUUGCAAUAAUAAAAGGAUUGUUAAAAAAUAUUCAAAAAGCCCUAAUUCGAAUGUUAUAAAUAUUAUUAAAUUAUAUCAAUUCAAUCAUGGGCGUUCGUUGUAUAGUUGAAAAUUGUAAAACCUUUAUUAAUUUGGAAUCAAAAGGUCCUCAAAGUAAACGAAAUAAUUAUUAUCCUUUUCCAAAAGAUGCAAAGAUGAGGCAAAUAUGGUUAAAAAAAUGCGGGAAAAAAGAUCCAAUUGAUUAUGAACAUUCUUAUGUGUGUGUAAAACAUUUCAAAGAAGAUGAUUUUGAACGUAAUCUUAGAAGUGAAUUAUUGGAUUUACCAGUAAAGAAAAAAUUAAAAUCUGAUGCAAUACCGUCUUUAAAUUUGAAUGAUAAUGAAAAAGAAGAGGAUUCAGAGAGAAAUUCUGGUCGAAAGCAACGUUACGAAGAGCGAGAACGAAAAAAAGAAGAUGAUUCGCCUAAAAAAAAUAAACCUAUAAAACGACCUGUCGAUGUUGAUUUAACAUCAUCACCAGUUAGAAAAGAAAGUUCGCCACUACCAAAAAAAUUAAAAUCUUUAACAAAAGACAAUUCAAAAAUGUCGAGUAAAGAAACUCAAGACAAAUUAGAUGAAAUUGAUGCAGCGGAACUUCAAAAACUUCUAAAUAUUAUUUUAGAAAGGAUACAAUGUUUAGAACAAGAAUUAGAGGGACUUAAUCAUAUCAUGGAGGAUAUAAAAAAUCGAAUUGAAAAAAUGCAAAAUAGGCAUUAAGAAACGAUUAUAGUUAUUUGUUCAAUAGAUGGACACAUGUAAAUAUAUUUUAAGAAAUUAUAUGUUUAAAAAUUCAAAAAAUAUUAGCUUUGGUCUCAUAAUGUAAUAACUUAAAUUUCUCAAUAAUUUUUAUGUUUUGUUUCUAUUUCUGCAAAAAUACAGAAUUACACAAUAAUCCAUUAAAAUAAAAAUUGUAAACUUUAAGUUAAAAUAUUGUUAUGUAUAUUACUAUAAAUAAUGAAAACUUAAGAUUUUUUAUAA